AUGCCAAACCCAUUCGACCUGGCUCCCGAUCUCCAGGCUCUACUGAGUAUUGAGACUUUCCAGGGCAAAUUCACCACCAAAGACUUUGUGGAGAAAGCUACAAAAAAUCUUCUUCCCUAUACAAACCCUAAAGCUUAUAAUCCAAAACCGCUUAUUCGAACAUUUGAGGCUUCGAUCGAAGAGCUACAGAAACUUCACCAAACUGUACAACAGCAGGGUGAUGAUUUGGAAGGAAGCGUACAGUUUACGGAAGCAGCUCACCGGAAGAAACUACAAGAACUUAAUUCGACCUUUGAGGAAGUCGUCCGGUCCUUUGAAAAUCUAGAAACCCGAAUAAACGAAGUUGGAAAUACGGCAAUCAGAAUUGGCGAGCAACUUGAGACUAUAGACAGGCAGCGCCUGCGUGCAUCAGAAUCAAAGCAAUUAAUAGAGUAUUUUAUGGCAUUCAAUCGUGGUGAUAUGGCUAGGGUAGAGUCAUUGAAAAAGAAAGAAGGACAACUUAAGGCAGCGAUUAUUGCAAGACGACUGAACACGGUUGCAAAAGAGUUAGAUAUACCUGGUGCUGAAGCAGCGAGAACUCGUAUCGAAAAAUAUUGCGAGGGACUAGAGAAAGAAUUAUUAGAUCAAUUUGAUAGAGCAUAUAGAAAAGGCGACGCAAAAACAAUGCAGCAUUGUGCUAAAACUUUACAUGAAUUUAACGGUGGUGGUUCAUGCAUCGCACUCUACGUCAAUCAACAUUCGUUCUUCAUACAAAAGGUUAAUCUCACCGAAACGCACGAGUUUUUUGAUAAUAAAAGUUGGAACGAUCUUGCAAAUCCCGAAAUUGCUCCUCCACCGUUAGAUCAGGGUAUGGCAAAUCUCUACCAGGAAAUCCGAGAAACUGUCAAACAAGAAGCAGAAAUUAUCAAUGCAGUGUUUCCUAAUCCUAUGGGAGUUAUGCAAGUCUUCUUGCAGCGGAUAUUUGCUCAAUUAAUACAAAGCUGUCUGGAACAUCUCCUUAAAGAGAGCGAAUCAAUAUCAACCCUUGCCUAUCUGCGGACACUUGCAACUAUACACAUAGCGACUUUAAAUCUUGUAGAAGACCUGAAAGGAUUAGAUAUGCAUAAUAAAAAGUCAGAGGAGAUUCGUGGCAGAAUGGAAGUUAGUCAAAGUAAAGCUGAUACUCUUGUAGACGUAUUGAAUCAAUGCAUGAUGGAUUUGUUUGUGCCGUAUACGGAAGGCGAUCGAUAUCUCGAGAAAGAGAAAAAGUCACUACUUGAAUUAUAUUCUUCAUUGUUAUUGCAGUUUAAUGCAUACCAUCUGCAACGCAAGAAUGCCAAGGGUGGUAACCUGUUCCAACGGGCGGUGAAUCAAAUAUCGUCUUCACCCGCUCCUAAUCAACAGGGUAUAGUUUUAAAUGACAAAGGCCUACUGCCUGUCACUGAGGAAGACGGACAACUGUCGAUAUACUCAGCGAUGUUGAUCAUGAAGAUUCACGCCGAGGCAGUAAAGCGAUCUGUUGGCCUUAGCAUUCCAACUGACUUAGCCAAGAAUGCCAGCAUAUUAUUCCAUGUAUUGUUGGAUAGUAUCGGAAGACAAUAUGUAGAGACGGCACUUGAAACAACAAUCGAACAGCUUGCUGCAAUGGACGGAAAGACGGACCCGGAUUUUAAACCGUUGGCGAGUCUUAAGGUUGCUAAAGACAUAAUGCAUUUGGCACAAAAUCACUUUCAAAUCGUCAUCCUUCCUCUGGCCUCUGCUUCUCUCACAAUUCAUCGGGACUUGAUAGCUGAAAAAAAUAAAUUUAUGCUUGGUUUAGAGAACAAGAUGAAUAUGGCUGUCCAGAAAAUGGUUGAUGCUAUCAUCGCCCGGCUGUCUAAUUUCCUUUCUCGACAAAAAAAGACUGAUUUUCGUCCUAAAGAUGGUGAUGAUUCUAUAUUGAGUCUGGCCACCGGGCCAUGCAAUAAUUGCAUCGACUACUUGAAGAAGGUUCAUUCGGGUAUAGGUCAUCAUAUUGAUGGUAAAAACUUUGAACAUUUCUUGACUGAAGUUGGAAUGGCCUUCCACAGUAUGUUGCUUGAACAUUUCCGCAAGUUUACUGUUAGUCCGGCCGGUGCAUUGGUUUUAACAAAGGACAUUGCAAAAUAUCAAGAAGCAAUAGCACAGUAUAAAAUUGCCGCCCUCGAUGAGUGUUUCGAAAUGUUACGCGAAAUCGGCAAUCUUUUCGUUGUCAAACUAGAUAUCAUCCCCUCAGUAUUAAGUGAGGGAUUCCUUUCUAAGAUCGAAGUGCAGCAUCUACAACCAUAUCUUGCUGCAAGGACAGAUUUCAAAUCAGGGGGAAUAGAGAAACUCAUAGUCGCUAAUACGGGUGUGGGAGGAAAUUCAUUCAACGAAAAGGCUAGGGAUAAAUUGGCAGCAAUAGGCAUUGGGAUGGGACUCGGGAGAGAAGUUGAAGGGAUUGCAGAGUAA